UUCACAAACAUUUUUCCGUUUUUGCAGGCGAGAAGCCCUGUGCUUGUUGCAGCCAUUUUUAUAUCAGGAAUGGGAGGAACCUUUCAAUAUGGCUUCCAUAUCUCUGUCCUUAACUCACCAUCACUUUUUAUUAAAGAGCUGGUGAACAGCACCUGCCAGCAGCAUUAUGGACGCUCUCUUGAGCCCUGGGAGCUGUCCCUCAUCUGGUCCUUCAUUGUGUCCAUGUACUGCAUGGGAGGACUGGCUGGAACCCUGUAUGCUGGACAUCUGGCAGGAGCGUAUGGAAGGUACUGGAAGUGCAUGGAUCCUUCCAUAUUUCUGCAUUUUCAGAAGCAUCUGUGGGUACAAGGAGCAGCAAAUAAGUACAGUGUGUUUUUAACCCUCCAUAGGAAGACAACUCUGCUUUUGAACAAUGUGGUGGCAAUCUGUGGAGCUGUCCUGAUGUUGUUGAGUAAAACCGCCCUCUUGUUUGAGAUGAUCAUGGUGGCACGUGUCCUAUACGGCAUCAACGCUGGUGUGAGUUUGACUGUCCACACCAUGUAUAUAUUGGAGUGCGCCCCCAAGAGGCUGCGUGGGAUGGUUGGUGUGUCUGUGGCCACUUUUGUCUCAAUGGGGAAGUUUUUUGGCCAGCUGCUUGGGAUCAGUGAGGUGUUAGGCGCUGAGGAGCACUGGGUCUGGCUGCUGGCCUUCAGCGGGGCGGCUGGUCUCCUGCAGCUACUAACUCUGCCCUUUCUCCCUGAGUCCCCACGGUACCUCCUGCUGGAGAAGGCAGACAAACACGGCUGUGAGACGGGUCAGAACCACAGACACCUCCUUAUCCACGGGCUCAUGGACCUCUUCCUCGACCACAACGUCCGCUGGCAGCUCCUCACUGUCCUCGUCACGUUCGUCACGCUGCAGCUCUGCGGCAUCAAUGCUGUCUAUCUCUAUUCGUUUGAUGUGUUUCAAGCGGCCGGUAUUGCCGAGGAGAACCUGCGCUAUGCCGCCCUGGGAACGGGCCUGUGUGAAGUCUCCACCUCCAUUGCCUGUGUGCUGAUCAUUGAGAGCACAGGGAAGAGAGUGCUUCUCUUUAGGGGUUACCUGUGCAUGGCUGCCUCACUGGCCCUGCUUACACUCACACUUUACCUUCAGGACUUUGUAUCCUGGAUGCCUUAUUGCAGCAUGGUCCUUAUUUUCACCUACAUCUUCUUCUUCUCUAGUGGGCCAGCCGGGGUGACAGCACCACUUCCUGGUGAGAUUUUCACACAGUCCUAUAAACCACCAGCAUUCAUGGUAGCCUGCAUCCUCAACUGGGUGGGACUCUUCCUGGUGGGCAUGUUGUUUCCUCUCAUAGUGGAGCAUUUGGAUUAUUUCUGCUUCCUCAUAUUUUUUGUGUUCUGCUUCUUCUCUGGCGUUUUUGUGUGGUUCCACGUGCCUGAGACAAAGAAUAAAACUGUUCUGGAGAUCACAGAGGACUUUAAGAGAAUGCACCAGAAACGCAGACACUCACUACAGUCCAAACUGAGCUCAAUACAUAUAAACAACAUCCAGAUCACCAAGCUUUAG